UUACAACAUUUAUUAUCUAAUAAGAUGAAGUUACUUGUACAGAACAAGAACAUGGUUUUCGCUUCGUUUCAAAGAUACUUUAGUAUGAAGCACCAAAACUCUAAGGUUCAAGAUUUAUAUGACCACUGUAAAAACACUUUCUCUCCCUCUGGAAUACCCUCUCCUUCUUCUCAAGCUUUGCACAAACUUUCUUCAAUUCUCGACACUAUUAAACCCGUUGAUGUUGGGCUAAAGGAGGAAGCUGCAGACGAUGAUCGAGGGCUUGGAUUUUUCGGUGUUAACCAACUGAGUAGAGUAGCUCGAUGGGCUAAGCCGAUAACAUACGUGGACAUUCAUGAAUCUGAUAGUUUUACGAUGUGUAUGUUUUGUUUUCCAACUUCUUCAGUUAUUCCACUCCACGACCAUCCUCAAAUGACCGUAUUUAGCAAACUUCUGUACGGAUCUUUACAUGUGAAAGCUUAUGACUGGGUUGAGCCUCCCUGCAUCGUAAAAAGCAAGGGACCAGGACAUGCUCAAGUAAGACUAGCAAAGUUAGCAGUUGAUAAGGUAUUGAAUGCACCAUGUGAAACAUCAGUUUUAUAUCCAAACUGUGGUGGCAAUAUUCACUGUUUCACAGCAGUAACACCUUGUGCCAUGCUGGACGUUCUCGCGCCUCCUUACAAAGAAUAUGAAGGAAGGAAGUGUACUUAUUAUCAUGAUUAUCCUUAUUCAACAUUCUCAGCAGGAAAUGGAUCUCUAUGUGAUGGUGACGAGGAUGAAUAUGCUUGGCUUGCAGAGGUAGAACCUAGUAAUCUUUAUAUGAAUAGUGGUGUAUAUGCUGGUCCAGCUAUAAAGCUUUAGCUCUGCUGCUUCGAUUUCAAAGCAAUUACGUAUUUUCUUAUGUAAAGGAUGGAUGGUAUUAUUGUUGGAAAAUUUAAGAGUUUGCUUGAUUACAAAACUGCAUCUUUUUCUUUUUUUUACAUGUUUUCUGCAAAUAUUUUAUAUGGAAAACAGUUAAAAUAA